AUGAUACUAGCGUUCGAGAGAGGGAGUCCUGAAUGGUGGCGCGAUGUGACACCACCGCCACCGCCCCAACCACAAGAUCGUCGGAUCGAGGAACUUUUCCUAAAGCAGUGUCCGCCGGUAUUCAAUGGUUUGGGAGACCCGAAAGAAGCUGAGACUUGGGUCAAGGCACUAGAACGCCUAUUUGGCUUCCUACGUUUCCCGGACAAAGACCGACUGAGAUGUGCAUCAUUCCAGCUGAUUGAAUCUGCGGAUUUGUGGUGGGAAGCGAGAAAGAAAACAAUAACUCUAGGACAAUUGGAGUGGACUACUUGGGAACAAUUCAAGACUGAGUUUUAUAAUAAGUAUGUUCCCCUGAACUAUCGAAGGGAAAAGGAAGUGGAAUUCUGUAACUUGAGACAAGGACCGAUGUCCGUGACAGACUACGAUCGGUUGCUCUGCGAUAUGUCCAAAUAUGCACCGGAGCAGGUGGAUACUGAUGAGAAAAUGGCUAGGAAAUUUCGUGCCGGUCUGAGGCACGAAAUUCGAAUGGCGUUGGUUCGCCACGGGAGGUUGACAUACCCUGAAUCUCUAUGA